AUGCAUGAGUCAAGACCUAGUAUUGUACCCCAUAAUCCAUUUGAUGCCAAGCAAGAUGCUGAAGUUUUAAGAAAAGCCAUGAAAGGUUUUGGUACUGAUGAAAGUGCUAUUAUAAGAAUUUUAACAAAAAGAGCUAACUGGCAGAGACAAGAAAUAUUUAAUGCUUAUAAACAACUGUAUGGCAGAGAUCUUAUCAAAGAUAUUAAAUCUGAAUUAUCUGGAGAUUUUGAAGAUCUUAUUGUUGCUUUAAUGGUACCAAUAGCUGAGUAUGAUGCACAAGAACUUCAUAAAGCUAUGGCUGGAUUUGGUACUAAAGAAUCUGUUCUUAUUGAAAUUCUUUGCUCAAGAACAAAUGCUCAAAUUAAUGAAAUUAAGAGAAUAUACAAACAAUUAUAUAAAUGUGAUCUUGAAAAAGACAUCAGAGGUGACACCUCCGGAUAUUUUGAGCGUAUUCUUGUUGCUCUUUGUUCAGGAGCCAGAGAGGAAUGUUCUCAUAAUGAUACAUUAAAAGCUAAUCAAGAUGCUAGAGACUUGUAUCGUGCUGGUGAACAAAAACUUGGUACUGAUGAGUCAACAUUUAUAAAAAUUUUUGCCACUCGUUCAAAUUGCCAUUUAGCCUUAGUUUUUCAUGAGUAUGAAAAGGUUGCUCAACAUACAAUAGAACAUGCAAUUGAAGGAGAAUUUUCUGGUGAUAUUAAAAAAUCACUUUUAGCUGUUGUUAAAGUUGUUAGAAAUACACCAGAAUAUUUUGCUGAAUUAUUAUAUGAUAGUAUGAAAGGUCUUGGUACAAGAGACAAGGAUCUUAUUAGAAUAAUUGUAUCUAGAUCUGAAAUAGAUCUUAAAGAUAUUGCUAUGGCAUUUGAAAGAAAAUAUAACAAAACUCUUAAAGAUAUGAUAAAGGGAGACUGUGGUGGAGAUUACAAAGAAGCUCUUUUGGAAAUUGUUAAAGGAAAUUAA